AUGGAAGUUACCAACUCAGUUUCUGCGUCUAAUACUCUGAGCGGAAGAUUGGAUCAACUUGAUGACCAAAACUUGAGAAAAAUAACAACAACAUCAAAGAAAACACCAAAAAUAACACCAAAAAUAACGCAACCAAAAACAAUGGAGGACAAGCCACUACAUCAUCCAGAAAUGUCCUUUCACAAGGUAUCUCCUGUUCAAAAGAGCGUCGCAUUUACUGAAUACGUAGGUUCUGGAAACAAAAGCUUAGAAAUUGUUUCAUCAGAAACUGCUCAAGAAGCAAUAGCAUCACCACCACCUGCUGCUGCUACUGCUGCUGCUGCUACUACUGCUACUACUGCUGCUACUACUGCUGCUGCUGCUGCUACUGCCGCGGUAAAUGGAGAUACAAACUCCAACCCUAACCGUCUUACGGGGAGAAAAGCUGCAAGAUCAUUGAGAAUCUUUAGAGAGACAGAUGACGAAGAUGAAGAUACAGAUAACAAUGCAGUUGAAGGUGCCAGGUUAGAAUUGACUAGCCCCAUCAAGGAAAAAUUCCUUGGCGACGGAAUGGAUAUAGAACCUAUUUCCUCAGCAACGUAUAUUCCACACACACCAGCCAACUCUGAAAAAUUGCAUGAUAGAUUGGAUAUAGCACUAACCAAGGAGAUGCAAGAACUUGCAAACCCCCCAGCUCCAGCAGCAAAACCACAACAUUUGACGGCAAAUUUGGAGUUUGACCACAGUUUGGUUGGUAAUAUAACUAGUAUUUCAACGAUUUUGAAUAGCAAUGAUUUAAUAGUUGAUAAAUUGAGUGAACGAAGAAAAGAAACGGAAAUGAUUCAAAAGAUCAUCAAGAUCUCUAGAGCUUCAUCGCCAGUUGAUCUAAGAGAAAGAGAUGCAUUGAAAUUAGAUGAGCAUUUUGUUGCUGGUGGUGUCGAACCUGAAAAUUUACUAGAUCGGAGUUGGAGUCAUGGCGAUGAUGAUACUGACGAAGAGUCGCAGUUCCCACUAGCUGUCGAGUUAAGGCCUUUUAAAAAUAAAGUGGGCGGGCACACUGCAAUAUUUUCAUUUUCGAAACAAGCUGUUUGCAAGGCGCUAGUUAAUAGGGAAAAUAUAUUUUACGAAACUAUUGAACUCCAACAUCCCAAACUUUUAAAAUUCAUGCCAAAAUAUAUUGGUGUUUUGAAUGUGCGAUAUUCGAGCCUCAUUAGCGAAAAGGAUUUUGAGCAGAAUGAGGUUGAUGAAGUUAGUGGAAGAGACGGAGGGGAUGAAGGGGAUGAAGGGGAUCAUGUGUUUGCAGAACAGAAAAGGAAGCAUCGAAGGCGGUCGGGAAAUAUUCAGCCUGAGGUUGUUCUUGACGAUAACAUGCACAUCAUUCCUGAUACUUUUUGGAAACAAUAUCCAAGUUCGUUUCCGUCUCCUAAAUAUGCAUCUUUUGGAAGCACAAUGACGAGUCCUAUUUCAAGCUUAACUACUUCCCCGGUGCAGCGUCCGAAUCAAGGGUCUACAUCAAUCAACACUGACCUCCAAGUUCAAGUACUCCAAGAGGUAUUCCAACCAGAGCUCAAAUAUCUGAGUAAAGACAUUUUUGAAAUGGAAAAAGGGGAAGAGGAAGAAGAUAAAGGUAAACAUUUGAAACCCCUGUAUGGACAAGUUCAUUUCACUCGUUUUGCGCAUAGUCACCAAGCUCCCUCACGUCAGUCAUUACAUACCUCUGCGUCGGCAGCUGCAGCAGAAUCGAUGGCGGCAUCUGCAACGGCACCUGCAACAAUAGCAUCCAAUUCGUUGCUUCGAAAGCAUACCAAAUUUGAACGGUUUAUUUUAUUGGAAGAUUUAACAAGCAACAUGAAGAAACCCUGUGUGUUGGAUUUGAAAAUGGGCACAAGACAAUAUGGAAUUGAGGCAAGUUUGAAAAAACAAAAAUCACAGAGACACAAGUGUCAAACUACGACGUCGAAGCAAUUAGGCGUGCGUAUUUGUGGAUUACAAACAUUCACGCAUGACAAUCACAAGAUAGCAAGAGACAAGUAUUUCGGCAGAAGAAUACGGGUAGGCAUUCAAUUUUGCAAAAUUUUGGCAAAAUUUUUAUACAAUGGAAAGGACAUAUAUUCGAUAUUGUUUCGUGUGCCCAACUUGAUAAGACAAUUCAGGGAAUUGUAUAGUAUCUUUGAUGAGCUUCCCGGUUACAGAAUGUAUGGAUCGCUGAUUUUGUUGGUUUACGAAGGCGGCUCAAAGUCUAAUUAUGAUCAGGCUAAAGUGAAAAUCAUAGAUUUUGCACAAUCUGUUAUUUCAGAAGAAGAAAAAGAGAAUGCUAAUAUACCUCCUGCCCAUCCCCAUAGUGUAGAUCACGGUUAUUUAAGGGGUCUUUAUUCACUCAUCAAGUAUUGCGUAUACAUUUUCAAUAUCUUGAGUAAAACUAAAAUAUUUGAGCCGGUUGAGAUGGAUGAAUGGGUGAAAGAGUAUAGACAUUUGCUCAAUCAGAAUUGUCGCUGGCUAGACGAUUAUGCCGAAAUUGAAAAUGAGGUGGAUGGUGGUAUUAAUAAUAUUGAUGAUAACGAUCCGUUUAAUAUUGACUACUCUCUCGAUUUAGAAGAUUGUAGUGCAUCAGAAUAG